AUCGUGGUUAAAGGCCGAGCGCGAACGAUCGCGAUAGCCUACCGUACAGCCAGCAUGCAUUACAGUGCCAGAUGUUGCUUUCUUUACCCACAGGGCAGCCUCGACAACAACGAGAACCGCAUAGACACCUACAAAGGAGUAAUCCAGAAAGUAGGUAAACGGAAUAACAACGCCGAGGCGGCCUUCGCUAGAGGCAUGAUGAUGAAUAGGGGCGUGGCAAGUCCAUCUGACAUCUUUGUGUCCGUACCUGGCCGUCUGUCGCUGCUCAGUGCCACUUCAAAGUACAAGGUUACUGUCGCCGAAGUGCAGCGCCGCCUAUCGCCGCCAGAAUGCCUUAAUGCAUCGCUACUAGGGGGCGUACUACGAAGAGCAAAAUCUAAAAACGGAGGGAAAACACUCAGGGACAAGCUGGAAAAGAUAGGCAUGACGUUACCCGCUGGAAGGAGGAAAGCUGCCAACGUCACCUUACUGACGUCACUUGUCGAAGACAAAUAGCCAAGGAACUACACGAUCUGUUCGCCAAGGAUCGUUCUCCCGUAGGCACGGCGCGGCCGCAGCCGAUACUCGAGCCGGAAAUCCAGAAGAACCUGACUCACUUCAGCUUGUUGUCGCACGGGUUCGGUCCGCCAGCCCUCAGCGCAGGUCUCACAGCCCUCAUCAGCUACCUAGACGAGUCAAUUAAGUUCAUCGAAAAAAUCGAGAAGACUAAGUACUAUACGACGACCGGAAGUUCCGGUCCGACUGUAAACCACGACAAGUGAGUCGCACGUCGUGAUAUAACUCGACGGAUUUAUGCUAACGAAUGUUUUAGACGAAUGUUAUGAAUGAAAUCGCGUGCUUGCCGGGCCACUGUGCACUUGUAAAUAACUUGCCAUUGGAGUUAUCCCGUGGAUGGAGAUGAUGGCGUUACGAACUAAAUCAAAAUAAUGCUUGAUAAUUUUCUACUUAAUCUAUCUUGUCAGUUAAAAUUUUAGUUGUUGCUCGUUGAUGUUGAUAUACGCAUACAUACAUUUAUAUAUAUAUAUAUAUAUAUACACACAUAUAUAUAUUUACAUUUGUCGUAUAGAUUGUUGUCAAUGAGCGAUACUCGCAGAUGUUUUGGGUGAUAUGGGUUGCGGAUAUAAGAUUAUAAUAACAACAUCGGGUAGCUUCAAGCUGCUAUUUCUUCUUUAUUUUUCGAGUCUAUGGAUUGAAUUAGUGCAAUAUAUACAUACUAUCGGGAACCUGCUGUUAAAGCUUACAUUACGUUACUUACUAUUCGCUGUAAUUCAAUCUAAUGAAGGAUGUAACGAACUCAUUUCAUUAUUAUCGUGUUACGAAACAUGCAGGAAGAGUGAAAUAUAGUGAGAAGGUAGACAGAAAAGCGCAGAGCACUCUACUUUGGCAACCUACAAGACAUACAUACAUAUAUCUUUGAGGGUGAUAUUCAUAUUAAAAUAUACAGCUGCUUGGUGAUACUACUUA